AUGGCUACUCACCGUGCUGAUGCUAGCCAAUUCCUCGAUACUCGAGGAUACACCGGUCCACUUGUGCGCGGUGUCAACCCCGCUACACUUUUUGAGAAAGCCGUACGAGAUCGCAUCACAGACUCCUUCUACUUCAAGGAGCAAUGUUUCGGUUUGAAUGCAGCCACCCUUUGUGAUCGUGCAGUAGAAAUCAGCUUUGUUGGUGGUACAUAUGGUGUCUCAGAGAAACCUUCGCCAUUUAUUUGCCUCGCCUUCAAGCUUCUACAACUCCAUCCGGAUCGAGACAUCGUCCUCGAACUCCUGAACUUCUCCGACCCUGGUAGCGAUGGUGAUGAGGAUGGCGAUAAUGCCGAAGAUAGUGUGAUCAAAUCUCGGGGCGAUUUCAAAUACCUGCGUGCACUGGCAGCAUUUUACGUGCGACUCACCUUCGACGCGGUCGAUGUCUACAAGACGCUGGAACCGCUUCUACUCGACUACCGAAAAUUGAAGCGCAGGAUGCGUGAUUCCUUCACCCUUACAUUUAUGGAUCAGUUUGUGGACGAUCUCCUCACCAAGGACCGUGUAUGCGGUACCAGCUUGUGGAAGUUGCCUUCACGAGAACAGUUGGAAGAUGCUGGGUUGUUGGAUGAACGAAUCAGCCCGCUGGAGGACGAACUGGAUGACCUUGACGAGGAUAGUGAAGAGGAAAAACGAGACGAGGAAGAACGAGAUGUCGAUCGUGAUAGAGAUCACAGUGUCGAUCGCGGAGACGAGGGCGAUGAUUGA